AUGAAAGUCAAACGACUAGUUUUUGUUUUGUAUGCACCUAAUGCAAGAAAUGUUUGGCUAAUAUUAACAACCUAUGGUAUACAACAAUAUCGAUCAGAAAUGAACAAAAAUCAUAAGGGUCUAUGGGAUAUUGUAACAGAUAAAGCUCCAUCUGGUCCAACUUAUCUCUACUUAAUUAAUGAUUAUCAUAUGGAAGAUAUAUGUUACGAACAGAUCCAGUAA